AUGUUUCCCAAACUACUUGCGGCUCUCGAAUCUGGUGGCUCAAAGGUUAUCGCCGCGGUUAUAUUGGGGUGGGCACGAGGCUACUGCAACCGGAGAUGGGACAGCCCGAAAAGUACCUCAGAGAAGAAGUACUUUGGUAUAAAUACCGUCGCAAUCUACAACAUUGAGAGUGCAGUGCAACGACUUCCAUCUCGUCCAAGACUACACUUCUUCAAAGUAUUCUCUAUGCCUCGGUACACUUUCCUCACGGCAGCCCUUGUGGGUCUCGCCAGCGCCCAAUCCCUUCUAGGAACCACACCAGAGGUUCACCCCAAGCUCAAGACGUGGAAGUGCACCAAAGCUGGAGGCUGCAAAGCCGUCAACUCUGCCAUCGUUAUCGAUGCUGGGUCACACGGUAUCCGCCAGAAGAACAACCCGAGUCUUGGGUGUGGAGAUUUCGGCUCCACGCCUCCAAAAUCAGUAUGCCCCGACAAGGAGACAUGUGCUAAGAACUGCGUCAUGGAUGGAAUAUCCGACUACAGUGCCCUGGGUGUCACCACCCAGGGAAGCAGCCUCCGCCUAGACAUGCUCAACUCCAAAGGUAACGAGGCUUCCCCUAGGGUAUACCUCCUGGCCGAGGAUGAGAAGAACUACGAGAUGCUGAAGUUGACUGGCAACGAAUUCACUUUCGAUGUCGACACGUCAAAGCUCCCAUGCGGUAUGAACGGUGCCUUGUACCUCAGCGAGAUGGCGGCAAAUGGUGGACGGUCGAAGCUCAAUCCAGGAGGUGCCACCUACGGCACCGGUUACUGUGAUGCUCAGUGCUUCGUCACCCCCUGGAUCAACGGUGAAGGAAACGUCAAGGGCCAAGGUGUCUGCUGUAACGAGAUGGACAUCUGGGAGGCCAACAAGGCUGCUACCCAAAUCGCACCCCACACAUGCAGCAAGAACAGCAUUUUCGGCUGCACAGGCGACGAGUGCGGCGCCUCCGGCCUCUGUGACAAGAACGGAUGCGGAGACAACCCAUACAACCAGCGCAAGUCCCCAGACUACUAUGGCCCUAGCAAGAAGGUCGACACCACGAAGCCUUUCACCGUCGUUACCCAGUUCCCGGCCAAGAAUGGUGUUCUCCAGGCUAUUGUCCGCAAAUACGUCCAAAACGGCAAGGUCAUCGAGAAUGCUAUGAUGAACCUCACCAUGGACCAGGCCUUCUGCACCGCUCAAGGCGCAACCAUGUACAACAAGCUCGGCGGCCACAAGGGUAUGGGUGAUGCUUUGUCUCGUGGUAUGGUUCUUGCUUUGAGCAUCUGGUGGGACAAGACCGGUGGAAUGAACUGGCUCGACAGCGGAGCGGCUGGUCCUUGCAGUGCGACUGAAGGCUUCCCUGCUGAGAUUAUCAAGGUUGAGCCGAGGCCUACCGUUACUUUCAGCUCCAUCAAGUGGGGUGAGAUUGGCUCGACUUUCAAGGAGCAAGGCUCUACCAAGGUUCCUUUCACCGCAUAGAGAACAGAGUGUCAUUGGUGAUAAGUACAUAGGCCAGAUAAUCAAACCAUGACUAC